AGAGUCGCAGGAGGACAAGCAUUGGAGGAGAAGCGGAGAGAUGUCCACCCUGGGCUGGUGGCGCCGCUGGGCGCCCGGCUCGGUGUGGGCGCACUAGGCGGCCGACCUCGGUCGGGGUGUGUGCGCGGAGUGCGGUGCUCCGGGGAGCUCUACCUUCUUGAUCUUCUGUCCUUCUUGAGACCGCUGGCAAGAGGAAGCCUAACUAGGUCCUCCAGCAACUAGGUGGCUGGUCCAGGCAGACCCUCACAACAAGAGGAGAUCAGCUGGCCAUCCCUGAAAAGCUCAAGCCCUUGGGUGCGAGCAAAAUAAAUAACUGUGAAAAACUCACCACUCCACUGGAGAAUCACAAGAUGUACCACCAGGAAGACGACACCAACAGUGACAUGACCAGUGACGACGACAUGAGCCGAAGUGGGAGAGACACCCCACCACCUCAACCAUCCCACUCUUUCAGCAGUGACCGAGACCAGGAGCGCAGGGGCAGAAGCAGAGAUGUGGAGCCUCGAGACCGCUGGCCAUACACCAGGAACCCCAGAAGCAGACUGCCUCAACGGGAUCUUUCCCUUCCUGUGAUGUCAAGACCACAUUUUGGACUGGAACGAGAUGAUGAGAGACGUUCCAUGGAUUAUGAGUCUCGAUCCCAGGACGCUGAGUCAUACCACAAUGUCGUCGUGGAACUCAAAGAGGACAAGAAGCCUCAGAAUCCAAUUCAGGACAAUCUGGAGAACUACCGAAAACUGCUCUCACUGGGAGUACAGCUUGCCGAAGAUGACCGACACUCUCACAUGACACAAGGCCACUCAUCCAGGUCCAAGAGAAGUGCCUACCCAAGCACCAGCCGAGGUCUGAAACCCAUGCCUGAAGCCAAAAAGCCAGCCCACCGACGGGGAAUCUGUGAGGAUGAAUCUUCUCAUGGCGUGAUAAUGGAAAAAUUCAUCAAGGAUGUGUCCCGCAACUCCAAAUCCGGAAGAGCCAGGGAGCUGAACAUGCGUCCUCCUCCGAGGUUCCCCAGGCCCAGCAACAACUGGAAGGACACUUCAUCAAACAAAAGAGAGUCGGUGAUCCAGGAGAGGGCUGCUGAGGGGAGCGCGUUCAGGGGAGGCUUCAGGGUCAACGCUGAACUGCUUUCCAGAAGCCGAGCUCUGGAAAGGAAGAGGCGUUAUCACUUUGAUUCUGAGGAGAAGGGUUCAGGUCACGAAAAUAAGAGCUGUGUGAGGAAGAAGCCUUUUGAGUGUGGUAGUGAGAUGCGACAGGCUCUGAGCAUGGGUAACCUGAGUUGCCCUCCUGUCCCUGAGUCCCCGACAAUCAAUUUGGCCGCAGACCCGUAUGUGUGCGAUGAGUGUGGGAGGUCGUUCAGUGUCAUCUCUGAGUUUGUCGAGCACCAGAUUAUGCACACGAGGGAGAACCUCUACGAGUACGGAGAGUCCUUCAUCCACAGUGUAGCCGUCCAUGAGGUGCAGAAAGGUCAGGGUGGGGGCAAGCGCUUUGAGUGUAAGGAGUGCGGGGAAACCUUCAGUAGGAGCACAGCCCUGGCGCAGCACCGCCAGGUUCAUGCUAGAGAGUACCUGGCAGAGUGUAAAGAUCAGGAGGAUGAGGACACCAUCAUGCCUAGCCCGACCUUCAGCGAGCUGCAGAAGAUGUAUGGCAAAGACAAAUUCUAUGAGUGCAAGGUGUGCAAGGAGACCUUCCUGCACAGCUCCGCCCUGAUCGAGCACCAGAAAACCCACGGCAGAGGCAAAUCAGGAGCCAACAGAGAGAAUGAGCGCGAACGCGAACGGGAACGCAUGCGUGCACGUGCACGGGAGCAACGUGAACGUGAGCGUGAACGUGAACGCGAAGAGCAUGGAGAACCCUUUCUGACCUGUCCAAACUUCGGUGAGUUUCAGGAUAUGCACAGGAAAGACAGGAUCUAUGAGUGCAAGGUGUGUGAGGAGAGCUUCUUUCAUCUCUCAUCCCUGAAGGAGCAUCAGAAGAUCCACACUAGAGGAAACCCAUUUGCAAAGAAGAGCAGGAUGUGCGAGGAGACCUUUGUCCCUAGUCAGUCCCUCAGAAGGCGCCAGAAAACUUACAGGGAGAAGCUGUUCGACUUUAACAACGCCAGAGAUGCAUUGAUGGAAAGCUCAGACGCUGGGGACCACCAGAAAAUUCGUUCUCGGAAGAAUUUCUUUGAGAGCAGGGCUUAUGAGAAACCCUUUACCGAGUCUCAGAAGAGUCAUACCAUAACAAGACCACCUGAGAACAAAGACAAUGACAAACCGUUCACCAUCAGCUCCAACCCCACUGACAAGCUGAAAUUCCCCACCAUGGCGAAUGACUGCCAGGGGAAAGCCUAUGAGAGGUCUGCCAUUCACAGCUUCGGCCCUGCAGAGGCUCAGAAGAGUCGUGGUACACUGGGAUUCAUCAAACCAAGACCAGUGAAAUCGGUGACAGAGUCGAGCACCCAGACCACAGGUGACUUUAGCUUCCCCCAGUUCUUCUCUAGAGGGAGCAUCUUUGAAAGAAAGGAAUACAAGGGAUCUGUCAUCCACAGCCUGCCCGCUCCUCGACCUCUAAAACGCCAUAGAGUAAAUGACCAGCUUGAAUGUGAUGAAGGGGGAGAGUCCUCCAUUUAUAUCUCAGAUCUUAACAACAAGCGACGGAAGCUUCCUACUGGAGAAGACACUUACGAAGGAAGUAACAGCAACAAGCACAAGGAAUUCAUCCUCCCGAGAGUGCCUCGCACUGGGCCUCCUGGUCUCUCUGGAGAGUCCCGUGAAUCUAAUCAAGACGUCAUAUUUUCAGUUCCCAUCUCAAGUGUUCGUGAACACCAGAAAGCUCGUGCCAAGAAGAAAUACCUUGAGCCCAGGAGCAACGAGACCUCUGUAAUCCACUCCCUACCUUUUGGAGACCUGCAAGCAAUCCGCCGUAGAGCCAAGUUCUUUGAGUGUCAGGAGUGCGGGGAGGCCUUCGCUCGUAGGUCUGAGCUCAUUGAACACCAGAAGAUUCAUGACAGAGAAAGACCCUCUGGAAGUCGACAUUAUGAGCGGUCUGUCAUCCGCAGCCUGGCCCCUAGUGACCCGCAAACCAGUUAUGCCCAAGAACGUUUCAUUCAAGAGCAAGUGCGCAAAUUCAGAGAGUUUGGACAGCGCUCUGCUACCAGCAACAACCUCAGUGUACAGAAAAUCUAUGCCCAACAGAAGUUUUAUGCCGAGGAGCCUCAUGCUAAAGAAACGCAUGUUCUGAAGAUUCAUGACAAAGAUCCCCACGGCCAGGAGCCCCAUGGCCAGGAGCCCCAUGGUGAUGAGCCCCAGGACAAGGAACCCCUCGAUCAGGAGAUGCGCAGUGAAGAGCCCCAUGGUGAUAAGCCCCAUGGCCAGGAGCCCCAUGGCCAGGAGCCCCAUGACAAAGAACCCCUGGAUCAGGAGAUGAGCAGUGAAGAGGCCCAGAGCAGUGAGCCCCAUGGCCAGGAGAAAGCUGAAGACACUACCAUUCAGGCCUCCACUUCUGAUGAGCACCAGAAAGAUAACGCCAAUGACAUGAUAUAUGAAUGCCAGGACUGUGGUCUGGGCUUUACCGACCUCACAGACCUCACAAGCCACCAGGAUGUCCACAGCAGAAAGGCUCUGGUUGACAGUCGCGAAUAUGCACACUCUGAAGUUCAUGUCCACUCGGUCAGCGAAUUUGAGAAAAAGUAUUCUGGAGAGAAGCUGUACGAGUGCCCCAAAUGUGGGGAGUCCUUCACUCACAGCUCAUUGCUUUUUGAGCACCAGCGAGUCCACGAACAAGACCAGCUGUAUUCUGUGAAGGCCGGCGACGAUGGCUUCGUCGCUGUCUUGCCUGUGAGGCCAAGGAGGAAUUGUGCUUCUGAGAGAAAUCCUGCUGUUGCUGGGUCAGCCAUUCGAUGCCGCCAGUGUGGACAAGGCUUCAUUCACAGUUCUGCCCUCAAUGAGCACAUGAGACACCACCGGGAUGAUGAAAUGCUGGAGCAGAAUGAGUUGAACGAUGAGGUUUUCAUUCAAGGCCUAGCCCUCACUGAGUACCAGGGAAGCGAAACCGAAGAGAAGCUUUUUGAGUGCACGAUCUGUGGAGAAUGCUUCUUCACUGCCAAACAGCUCGGAGAGCACCACACCAAAGUUCAUAAGGACGAGCCUUACGAGUACGGGCCCUCCUACACCCAUGCCUCCUUUCUCACCGAACCCCGCAGGAAACAUAUCCCACUGUAUGAAUGCAAAGAUUGUGGGCAGCCCUUCCUAGACAACACAGUCAUCACCGAGCAGCUGGUGUUCCAUCCUGAGCGAGAAGGGGGUUCAGACAUAGUAGCUGCCACAGCUCAAGAGGUCGAAGCCAACACCCUCAUUCCACAGGAAGUACUGAGGAGCCAGGGCUCAAAUGCAGAAGCUGCUGAGCCCGAAGUCGAGGCUGCAGAGCCAGAAGUGGAGGCUGCAGAGCCUGAGGUGGAGGCUGCACAGCCUAACGGAGAGGCUGAAGGGCCAGAUGGAGAAGCUGCUGAGCCAGACGGAGAGGCCGAGCAGCCCAAUGGAGAGGCAGAACAGCCAAACGGUGAUGCUGAUGAGCCAGAUGGCGCCGGGAUCGAAGACCCGGAAGAGAGAGUCAAUGAGCCAGAGGAAGAUGUUGAAGAGCCAGAGGGAAAUGCGGAUGAGCCCGAUGGGGCAGACAUCGAAGACCCAGAAGAGGAAGGAGAAGAUCAAGAGAUUGAGGUUGAAGAACCGUACUACAACUGCCAUGAGUGCACAGAAACCUUCGCUUCCAGCGCAGCCUUCGGCGAGCAUCUGAAAAGCCAUGCCAGCGUGAUCAUCUUCGAGCCUGCCAAUGCUCUCGGAGAGUGUUCCGGCUACAUUGAACGUGCCAGCGCCAGCACCAGCUCGGAUGGUGCCGAGCAGGCCGAUGACAAGUACUUCAAAUGCGACGUCUGCGGGCAGCUCUUCGACAACCGCCUCUCCCUUGCCAGACACCAGAAUUCUCACACUGGUUGA